GAAAAUUUUAUUUUAGUUAAUCUGGCAACACUAUGCAUAUGUCGACUUUGUUUCGGCUGCACUGGUGGUUCUUUCGUUCCUUCGUUUAGAAAUUUUCGCGCAAACCGUUCACGUAAAAUUUCGCGUAAACAUGCUAAAAUUAAUACAAAUUUUUAAUCGGAAUAAAAUAUAAAGCCACAAUUGCUGUGUUGAAUAUUGAAAAUACUUUUUCCUAGUAAGAAUCACGUGACAAAUGUACUGCAGCAUCAAUUGAGGAGUGCAAACCAUUUUUUUUCUCUAAUUAGAAGUAGAAGGAAGAGCAAAUCGUUUUUGCUGUGAAUGUACAAAGUGUAAAGAGUGUGAUAAAGCAAUGGAGAACCCAAAAAUAUUGCAAUAACAAUACUGAACAAUAUACGGUCAAAGUGUACGAAAACGGAACACGAGUAUAUAACAAUUCAUUCAUAACAAUUACAAAGUUUUAUUUUUUAUAUUAUCAAUCAAUCAAAAUGAUUAAGGGCGAUGUGCAAAGUUUGUGAAUCGUUUACGGAAGACUAAAUGCAAUUUAUCUACUCGUCGUUGCUUGAGCCGCCUCCCAUUUCGGUGGAGCUCUAUAUACUCCAACUGCUCAUUGUUAGCACAUGUCAACAGCAGUUCUUUAAAAGCAACACCAAAUCCAAUAUUAUCAUUAGUUGUACCAAGAGCCAUUGCAAGACGCAAAUGCUAAAAUUUGUGCAGUCCAAUAAAAAUUAAUGACUACAUAUUUUAUUGGACUAAAGUGUAGUAUAUUGUGAGACAACACUGUAAUUUAACUGGAAGGACAAAAAAACUUCCAUUAACCAACGAAAUACAUAAAAAAUGAAUAUAAACAAAAAGGUGAUGUCCGGAGUGCGUCGACAACGAAUACCAUUUCAUCUCGUAGGUACGGUCACCUUUUCUGAAUCAUCAUCGACUCUACAAGCAGAGCAAUGUAAGAAUCCACUUAAGUCGUGGCCUCUAUAUGCUGUAACGGUUUCCUUAACAAUCCUGUUAUUACUGGAUUUCCAAACGAUGUCAGUUGCUGCCACACCUAUCGAAAUUGUGUUUAACACUACGCGUAACUCACCAUAUUUGGAAACAGGAGCAAAUAAGUGGAUAGCACAUUCUAAUAAUUAUAAUAAUGCUGCCAUGGGAAGUGGACGUAAAGGAGCUGAUCGUCGCCAAGAGAACACGAUAGGACCUACACCGGCAAUUUCAUCAUCUGGAGAAAUGAUUGUCAGUAACAAUACUAUUAACAGAGAUGGAAAUUUACCGCUGGUAGUGGUGCCUCAGCAGACGACGGUAGCAGCACCUUCAUUGCAUCAGCUUACUGGACACACCAGUAAUAGUAACAAACGAGAGAGGCCGCUGAAAUGUCAUUGUGAUAUAUGCAAGGACACAAAUUUCAUAUGCGAAACGGAUGGCUAUUGCUUUACGUCGGUUGUAAAGGAUGAAGACAAAAUCAUAUUUAGUUACAGGUGCCUUACCAUGUCUGAGAGUUUUCCGCCUGGUCGUUUUAUUUGGUGCAAUGAUGACAGUCGUGGUGGGCCUACAGCGCGUCCGGCCGCGCCACGCGGCGGACAUGGCUGCUGUAAAGAUCGUGAUUUUUGCAAUUUAAACUUACGACCCAUUAUAAAAUAUUAUCCCCCGAAUUCGCAGCAGACUUUUGAAGAAUUCUUGCCCGAGGAACCGCUAAAUGCUUGGGUUUUGGUGGUCAUCAUUUUCGGCGCAACACUCUUCAUCUGCCUGUCCGUUCUAUUGUCCUACUGCUUUUGGCAGCGUCGCAAGCGCAACAGUCAUGGGCGUACCUUCCCGCCAGAUGACUCAGUAUGUGAUCCCAUUUUGAAUGGCAAUACCAUACAAGAUAUUAUUGAGAUGACAACAUCAGGUUCAGGUUCCGCUGGCUUACCACUGCUGGUGCAGCGUUCCAUCGCUCGGCAAAUACAGCUCUGCCAUGCCAUUGGCAAGGGUCGCUUCGGUGAAGUGUGGCGGGGUCGUUGGCGUGGGGAAAAUGUGGCUGUGAAGAUAUUCUCCAGCCGAGAGGAGUGCUCCUGGUUCAGGGAAGCGGAAAUUUAUCAGACUGUGAUGUUGCGUCAUGAGAAUAUUUUAGGUUUCAUAGCUGCCGAUAAUAAGGAUAAUGGCACAUGGACCCAGCUCUGGUUAGUCACUGACUAUCAUGAAAAUGGUUCAUUAUUUGAUUACCUCACCACACAUACUGUGGAUACGAAAACUAUGCUCAACAUGGCAUUAUCAAUUGCCACCGGCUUGGCUCACCUUCAUAUGGAUAUUGUGGGUACACGUGGCAAGCCGGCGAUAGCGCAUCGUGACCUCAAAUCCAAGAAUAUUCUCGUUAAAACCAAUCUCAGUUGUGCUAUUGGUGAUUUGGGCUUGGCUGUGCGCCAUGUGGAAAAGAAUGAUUCCGUCGAUAUACCCUCAACACAUCGUGUGGGCACCAAGCGUUAUAUGGCACCCGAAGUGCUGGACGAGAGUAUGAAUGCCCAACAUUUCGACUCGUAUAAGCGUGCGGAUGUGUACGCAUUCGGUUUGAUAUUGUGGGAGAUUGCGCGUCGCUGCAACAUUGGCAUGAUAUACGACGAAUAUCAGUUGCCAUAUUUUGAUGUUGUACAACCUGAUCCUAGUAUUGAGGAGAUGAAGAAGGUGGUUUGCAUUGACAAAUCACGCCCAAUUAUACCAAAUCGUUGGCAUGCCUCCGAUGUGCUGCACGGCAUGGCGAAAGUAAUGAAAGAAUGUUGGUAUCCUAAUCCUGUGGCACGUCUUACAGCGCUACGUAUAAAGAAGACUCUGGCUAAUAUAACGGUCGAGGAUAAAGUGAAGAACUGAUAGUAGUGCAGUGUGCAGCCAUUUUGGCGUAAAAUCAACGGUUAUAAAUUGAACUAUUCAAAUUGGGAAAAGAUGUGGCAAAGCGCCAUACGUAAGCGUGGAACUAAGCGCAAAACCCGCCUUCUCUACUCCCUUUCUUUAUACUUUUCUGCUAAAUUUGUAUGAGAUAAAAACAACAAAACAAAUUAAAAUGCUAAAUAAGUGGAAAAGUAUGGGAAUAAUUACCUAAAGAGAAGAGCAUACCUUAAAAUACCUAAUUACAUAAUAACUAAAUAAGAAAACCAAACAAAAACAAAGUGGUAAACAGAGAAAUUUAUAAAGCUGUUAUAAUUGAUGCAGAGCAUUCUAUUAAAGCACUAAAAGUUGUAUUUAUAAUUUUUAACUUAAUAUGUAAUAACUUGUGUAAAUGAGAACAUAACGUAAUGUAUGUACGUGUAAGUGUGUAUUAGAGAUAAGAGGAGCGAGAGGCGAAAAUAAUUCCAACUAACUGAAAGAAUCAGCCAGAAAUCAAUGAAAUAUUUGAAUAUAAUUAAACAUUUGUGUGUACGUGUGUGAAUUAAGAAGAGGAAAAAAGUUGACGUCAAAAAACAAGUUGUGAAUAUUUGUAUUGCGAAAUAAUUGUUGUAAGUAUUUUGGAAAUGUACACAAUCUGAGAUUUUCCAAUGGCAGCUGCUAUUUUAUAUAUUUUAAGUUUAAACAUACAAAUUUAGUUCAUUUCGGUUUCUCAUUGUCAUAGUCUAAUUGAUAUAUAUAUAUUUUUUGUUUUAUGAUAUAUUUUUUUUAAUUUCCCAUACUUUAUGGCCUUAGUUAGCUUUCAUCGGCAAAUUAGCAAAGUAAUAUGUAAACGUAAGGAGAGAGCAAAAAUGUUUGUAAUUAGAAAUUCCUGAUAAUUAUAAGAUAAAUGUAAAAUGCCUACGAGAAAUUGCACAAAAAACAUCUAAAAUAUAUUUCAUAAAACUUUGAAUGUGGUGUUCCAAAGAAAACAACAAAGUAGCAGAACAUGCCUGCCACUCAAAUAAGUUUGUUCGAAAAAUCUAUAAAAAUAUGUAUGAAAAUAAUUUUCUCAAAAAUCGACUUUGACAACAGCUCAACAAAUGAAAUUGGAUAAUCAUUUGAGAAAAUGGUAAAAAAAAGCUUAGAAACCAACGAACUUCCUAAAUACCUAUUUUAGAACUAAUGAACUCUUCCGGAUUACCUCCAAUAAAAUCUAAACAAAAAAACAGAAUUUUCAAAACUGCCAUCAACUAAGCAAUUUAACUAAGCUAUUUGGCAACGGUAGGAAUAUCUCAAACUGGUUACAAUAUUUUACAUGUAAUGUAAAAGCAAAUUAAUAACAUUUCGAAAAUAACAACGAACACAUCUAACAACAACUACAAAAAAGACUCUGACUAAAGACUGAUACAUAAAUACAGUUACAGUGAAAACCGCCAUACAGUUAAUUAGUACACUUUUAGAGGAAUUUUUGGAUCUAAACAAUAUAUAAAUAUAUAGAAAAUAUAUAUAUAUAUAUAUAUAUGUGUAUACGUGCAUGCGAGUCAUGCAUAUGUAUGUAAUAAUAUUUCCUUUUACAAACUCCUGUGAAAUAUUUUCCUUCAAAUAAUUUCGUACUCGCAUUAAGAUUUUGCCAUUUUUAGAAUAUAAUAUUAAGGCACAACAAAAAAGAAAAACAGAACAAACAUAAAACAACGAUGAAAAACUAUGUAAAGACACUUUUAAAUGAUAAAAAAAAACCAAAAAAACUCAGGAAUCGCCAGUUUUAAUAUAUGUAAAUAUAGAAAAUUAACACUUGUUGACUUAUAAGCUUAUUGAUGCGUACGAAAAAAAAGGAAAUUGAAACCGCUUUCACACAAAAAUUAAAACUAAACGUCGAAAAAUUAGCAUUUCUUGCUUUUUCCUUACGUUUGCAAAGAACAAGUUAAUGCUAUACAGUAAAUUUAAUAAUUUUCGAUAAAAUUUCACGAGAUACCUAUAAGUUUGUAUAUUUUUUUUUGAAUAUAAAUAU